AUGACAGAAGCCCAAGAUCAGCAAGAGAUGUGGUCUAAAACCUCACUGGAGUGGCUGGGGCUGUUCCUUGGGUCACAGCCAGCAGGGCCUCUCCAGUCACUGCUGCUUUCAUUCUGCCUUGGCCUCUACUCUGAGGCUGCAGGAUUUUUUAUGGGAAUCGUGGAGAUAAAUAUUGGAGCAUGUCAGAAGGCUUCCAGUGGUGAUAAAAAGAUGGCCUAUCACAAAGUGAAUGCAGACCAGAGAGCACAGGGGCACUCUCCAUACCUGGACAAUGAUGAGCUCCAAGCCACAGCGUUGGACCUGGAGUGGGACAUGGAAAAAGAGCUGGAGGAGCCCGGCUUUGACCAUUUCCGACUGGACAGCGCAGCCCAGCACCACCUGGGCAACUCACAGAGCCCUGACCUCGACCUGGAGCCCAUCCAGGCUUCCUCUUCCCCAAAGGGAAGAUUCCAGAGGCUCCAGGAAGACCCUGACUACAUCUCCCACUACACGAGACAGGCACCAAAGAGCAACCGCUGCAGCUUUUUUCGGAUACUGAAAGUAUUUUGCACUGCUUUGAUUUUAUUUAUUUUUGGAAUUGUGAUAGGAUAUUAUGCACACAAGAAAUGCCCUUCUCCCCCAACAUCUCAAGAACCAAAUAAUCCUCAGAUCUACCAUGAAAUUCUCAAGGAAAUCAAAGCUGAAAAUAUUCAACGGAUUUACAGAGAUUUUUUAGAGCUCUCCAGAGAAGAUGAUGCAGACCUUGCAGUGAAAAUCCAGGGUCAGUGGCGUUCCCAAGGCCUGGACGAUGUCCGGCUGGUGAAUUACUCCGUUCUGCUGGACCUGCCAGGCCCCUCUUCAAACACAGUAACUCUGCAAAACAGUGGGGAAUGCUUUUAUCCAAGUGGACAACAGUGCAGCACAGACCCCAAAACACUUCACAGCCAAGACCUCCUGUACUCAUACGCAGCUUAUUCUGCCAAAGGAACUCUUGAGGCAGAGCUUGUUGAUGUCCAGUAUGGGACCAUGGAAGACCUGAUCCGGAUUCAAGCCAUCACAAACGUGACCAAAAAAAUUGCACUUUUGAAGCUCGGACAAUCUCCUUUGCUUUAUAAGCUUUCUCUGCUGGAAGACGCAGGGUUUGGUGGUGUUCUUGUUUACACGGAUCCUUGUGACUUGCCAAAGACUGCAGACCUGGCUGACAAAGCUUUUAUGGUCUCCUUGAACAGCGGGGGAGAUCCAUCCACACCUGGUUAUGCCAGCAUUGAUGGAAGCUACAGGCAGAAUCGACUGAACCUCACAGCGCUCUUGGUACAACCAAUUUCUGCACUGCUUGCCAGAAAACUUGUUUCCCUACCUGAGGACACUGCCCAAAGGGACAGGUGUACACCCCUGCACCUGCCAGCUGCAGGCAAAAAAACAAUCAGUCUGAACAUUCAGUCUGUCACAACUUACAAGACAAUUUCUAAUGUCAUUGGAUAUCUAAAAGGAGCUGUAUUUCCUGACAGAUACAUCAUCAUUGGCAGCCAUCACAGCAGUUUGCAGGGCCAUGGUGGGCAAGGCUGGGCCAGCAGCACUGCUGUGAUCACAGCCCUGCUCCAAGCCCUGAUGCCAGAGGUGAGGAGGGGCUGGAGGCCUGACAGGACCCUGCUCUUCUGCUCGUGGGGAGGAACAGCCCUGGGGAACGUCGGCUCCUACGAGUGGGCUGAGGAUCUCAGGAGCAUUCUUCAAAGAAAUGUUGUGGCCUACAUCAGCCUCCAUAAUCCAGUCACAGGCAACUCAACCUUACGGCCCGUGGCAUCCCCUUCUCUUCAGCAGCUGGCAGCAGAGAGCCAGAGCUUCAACUGUGUGGAAAAGGCAAGAUGUCCAGGAUCCAAUGUGAGUUCUGUGCAGAUUCAGGGAGAUGCAGAUUAUUUCAUCAACCACCUCGGAGUACCUGCCACCCAGUUUUCCUAUGAGGACAUCAGAGCAUCAGAGAAUUCCAGCUUUCUCUCUGAAGCUCUUUUUCCUGUACCUGCAACAAAAACUGAAGAGCUGGAUCCCUCCUUCAGCCUGCACGAGACCAUUGCAAAGCUAACAGGACAAGUGACUUUGCAAAUUGCCACUGAUCCAGUUUUGCCGUUUAAUGCCCUCGACAUCGCGUUAGAAGUUCAGAACAGUCUGAAAGUGCUCCUAGGUGAUGAAGCAGGCGUCCCUCAGCUGCUGGCAGUGGCAUCACGUCUGAGGGACACGGCGGAGCUGUUCCAGUCGGACGAGAUGCGCCCGGCCAAUGACCCCCAGGAGCGAGCUCCUGUCAGAGUCAGGAUGCUCAAUGAUGUGCUGCAAGGCUUGGAGAAAAGCUUCCUGCUUCAGCAAGCUCCUCCAGGACUUUACAGAAAUAUUCUUUACAGACUGGAUGACAGGACCAGCCAGUUUUCAGUGCUGCUGGAGGCACUGGAGCACUGCAAACUACAUCAGUCAAAUGAGACCGUUCAGGCAGCUUUGUCAGAGGUGCUGAACAGCAUCAAUUCAGCUCAGGUUUACUUCAAAGCAGGACUUGAUGUGUUUGAGACUGCCUUAGCUGGAAAGAAAUGA